GAGCCGGAGGAUAGCGGCGCUAGCAGCGGCCGCCCGAAAGGAGGCUGUGCCGAGGCUCGGGGCGCCGAGCGCAGCAGCAGAGAGCACCAGCAACCCGUUGUGGCGCAUCAGAAGCAAAACCAGCGGCAGCCGCACGGCCAACUGAGCCACCCCUUCCUGCUGGAGCCAGCAAGGGGUGCGCGCAGCCGGGACCCCUUCCUCUCCGCGUCUCCUCGUUUCCCCCGCCCGCGUCAAGCCGCCAGCCUCGCCCGCUGCCCAGAGAAGGGGCGCCGGGCGGCGGCCCUGUACGCGCGGGGGCCUCUCUGGACCGGCCGCGGUGCCUGGGCCCUGCUCUCUAGCUCCCGCGCUCGCUCCUGCCCUCUGGGCUCUCUGGGCGCAGCGCGCGGGCCGGGCCCGGCGCGGGCCAGGACUGACAUGAGCGCCAAGCAGAGCGGCCCGACAGCAGCUAACAGUCGCACGCGCGCGUGCUCGGGCUCAGAUCUACUUUCCAGUAGCAGCGGAGGGGCCAAUGGGACUGCGGGCGGCGGGGACGCUCUGACCGCCGCUGCGCGGAGGUUCCCGGCUCAGGUACCCAAUGCGCACCAGCUCAGCGCUGCGGCCGGCACCGCGGCGGCUUCGGCAGCCCCGCGCAGCCGCUGCCUCGGCGGGCCCGUGGGGAGCGUGGCGUCGGCGGUCCGUGCGGCGCAGUCCUCCUUCAGCAUCCGGAACAGCAGCAGCGGCCCCUACGGCUCGCAGGACUCGGUGCACAGCAGCUCUGAAGACGGCGGCGGCGGCCGGGAGCACCGGGGGACCGCGCCCGGUGAUUGGCUCCUUACCAGCUCACCUCUCGCCGCACAAGUUACGAGGUACGGACCCCUCUCCGCGCGCCCGCGCUCGGUCCUCCCGCGGCUGCACGUGGGUUGUGGCCGCCGGCUAUGUUUAGCCUUCUUUUCUCCUUCGCCCGGGGCGCCGGGGGCUGCUUCCCGGCCCAACCCCCGCAGGUCUCCAUCCUGGGAAGAAACCCCCGGCACUUAACUGCUGCGGUGCCGCUACCGCGUAGACGCAGGGUUUUGUGUUUAAACAUCGUGAACACCCUCACCUCAGCGGCUCCCCGGUAGAGAAAGUCUGUUUUUCAGAGAGAUGACUGGAGCAAAUGUUGUUUUACAACAAACCGACGAAACAGCCCUUGUGGUUGCGGCUUUUAGUACCAGGAAGUCAGGAGGAGACCCGUUGCUAAAUGUAGUUCUAACUGGGGACUCAGUGGGGAACAGUUUUUAAAGGCCAAAAGUCAAAGGGUCUCGAAUGAACGCUGAGUUACCAUCUUUGGACCGACUUUUAAUAAAAAGCUGUAAUCCUUAAAUCUGUGUCGGUCCCACUUACUAUGUCACUUUAAUUGGAGGAAAGCGUUAAUGAAAAGUUUGUUUUUAAACCCCACUGAACCGCUACUUAAGGUCACAGUUAAUGUGAGUCCUGCUUAAUUUGGAAAGCAUUUAAAAAGUGGAAAAGUUUCCUAAAGAAGUAAAAAUUUUGCAACUCUGCCUACAAGGUAGAGUAGUUGGCUAGGUUCUUUUGAAGAGCAGUGUUGGCUAGAGUUAAGAAAAAGUCAGUUGUGGAAAAUGGACAUUUUUAAUAGCAAAAUGAUGUGCUUUACUAUAGAAACAGGAGGAAGGGUGCGUUGUCCUGGGAAAAGUGAAUUCUACUUCAGUUAUGUUUUAUGCUGAUCUACUUUAUUGCAAAACGCUGAUAGUAAAUGAAUCAAGACCACCUCCCCUCCCCGAUUUAUGAAAAUAAAUACAAAUAUAGAAGAUAA